GUGUGUGAUGGAAGAGCUCACCGCCUUCGUGUCGAAGUCUUUCGAUCACAAAGUCAAAGAGAAGAAGGAGGUGAUCACCUACCGGGAGGUGCUCGAGACCGGUGCGGCGAGAGCGGCCGGCCGCGGCGCCGGUGGGGAACCCUUAGCCCCGGAGCCCGGGAGCCGGGAGGAGGCGGCGGUGGUAGCCCGGAACGCGGCACUCUCGCCGGGCAGGGAGACGGACAUGCUCGGCCCGGAGAGGACCAGAGAUGCCGGUAGCCCCAAACUCAUUGACGGCACCACGGAUGUGAAAGAAAGGAAAGACGAGUCCGUAAAGGUCAUGGAGGACGAGGCGCAGACCAAAAUCAAGCAGAGGAGAAGUCGGACUAACUUCACGUUGGAGCAGCUCAACGAACUGGAGAGGCUCUUCGACGAGACCCACUACCCGGACGCCUUCAUGCGGGAGGAGCUGAGCCAGAGGUUGGGGCUCUCCGAGGCCCGGGUGCAGGUUUGGUUCCAGAACAGACGAGCCAAAUGCAGGAAGCAGGAGAACCAGUUACAUAAAGGAGUUCUGAUCGGAGCAGCGAAUCAGUUCGAGGCUUGUCGCGUGGCCCCAUAUGUCAACGUGGGAGCUUUACGAAUGCCAUUCCAACAGGUGCAAGCGCAGCUGCAGCUGGACAGUGCCGUGGCGCAUGCGCAGCACCACCUGCACUCGCACUUGGCCGCGCACGCGCCCUACAUGAUGUUCCCGGCGCCACCAUUUGGCCUGCCCCUAGCCACGCUCGCCGCCGAGUCGGCGUCGGCUGCGUCUGUGGUGGCCGCCGCCGCCGCCGCCAAGAACACCAGCAAGAACUCGAGCAUCGCCGACCUGAGGCUCAAGGCCAAGAAACACGCGGCCGCACUGGGGCUGUGACCAUAACGACAGCAACCAGCGCGACACCGCUAGGGAACGCGCACGCACGGGGGAGUGGCACCACGAGGGGCACGCGAGGACGCUAUUUAUGUUUUUCCAAUGAAGGACAGACAACUAUGAGAAUAAAGGCUAUUUAUGAGAUUAUGAAAAGUGACUGAUAGCCUGUGGGAAGGCAUUUUUCUACGCCAAAAAACAAAAAUGGACGGCCCUUGUGGCAGGAAAAGGAGGAUGAGGAUGCAGCUGGCGAUACUUUGUCAAACAAGGCGAACCAUUCUGCAGUCUGUUUUAACACAUUAUUAUUAUUAUGAUUAUCAUUAUUAGUACUGACAGAGGCUGGCCUCGUUAAAGUUCAACAUGGAUCCUCCAAGAAAGGAACAGAGGGGAUUCCUGUCCACAAUGUUUGCAUGAGU